UCCAGGUGAAGCCCGUGUGGGUGCACGGCCGCUCGCUCGGAUGGGCUUGCUUGUGUUUGUGUUAAUACCAGGUGGUACUAACGCUGGAGCCACGAGGCACAUCCGACACGGUCUGAUUGAAUUACUCUUGUGUUUUCUCUUUCCUUGUUAAACAUUAAAGUGCCACCGAAGAGACCCAUCCAUGGAAGGCAAACCCUUGCUGGUGUCCAAACAGAAGACGGAAGUGGUAUGUGGGGUCCCCACGCAGGUGGUCUGCACAGCCUUCAGCAGUCACAUCCUGGUGGUGGUGACCCAGUUCGGGAAGAUGGGUACCCUGGUCUCCCUGGAGCCCAGCCCCGUGGCCAGUGACAUCAGCAAGCCCGUGCUCACCACGAAAGUCCUUCUUGGGCAGGACGAGCCUCUCAUCCAUGUCUUAGCAAAGAACCUGGUGACGUUUGUGUCUCAGGAAGCUGGAAACAGAGCGGUCCUCCUGGCCAUGGCCGUGAAGGACAGGAGCGUGGAGGGGCUGAAGGCCUUGAAGGAGGUGAUCCAGUCCUGCCAGGUGUGGUGACCCUGGAGCAGCAGACACGCCUGCUACUCAGCGGGCUGAGGGGACACGCGACACCCUC